CCACCCUUAACCCACCCUUAAUCCGCCCUAAAUCCACCACCAUCAUUCAGCAACAUCCCGCUACAGUAGCUUCAACCUGAGCUUCAAGCCUUCAAACUACUGGACAUAACUUACAACACUGCAAUAACCAUGUUCAAUUAACCCCGAUAUUUAUUUCUCCUUCCGUGAUAUACUCUAUACCCCCUUAAAUAGACUAAACAACCAACCUAACCCGCCCCGAAUGGAAUCAGCGCCGCCCCAGCAGGGCGAGCUAAGCUGGCGCCUCAGCUCGCAUCCCAUCACGCUGCUGACCUUUCUCGCAUUCCGCAUGUCGUCGCUCCUCGUGUACCUCUUCGGCGUCAUCCUCACGGACAACAUGGUGCUCAUCUUCAUCAUCACGAUCCUGCUGCUCGCCGCCGACUUCUACUACCUGAAGAACAUCGCGGGCCGGCGGCUCGUGGGGCUGCGCUGGUGGAACGAGGUCGACCCCUCCACGGGCGACAGCCGCUGGGUCUUCGAGAGCAGCGACCCGGCCGUCCGCACCAUCAACGCCACCGACAGCCGCUUCUUCUGGCUCGCCAUCUACGCCCAGCCCGUCCUCUGGGUCGCCCUCGCCAUCCUCGCCUUCGUCCGCCUCAAGUUCAUGUGGCUGCCUCUCGUCGCCAUCGCGCUCUCCCUAACCAUCACCAACUCCCUCGCCUUCUCCCGCUGCGACAAGUUCAGCCAGGCGUCUAACCUCGCCGGCAGCGCCCUCUAUUCGAGCAACCUCGCAGGCAACCUCGCCAGCAACAUGGUCGGGCGCUUCUUUACCUUUGGCCGGUCGUGAUCCGCCCCACUCCCGAAACCCAGACAGGCGGACAGUCGAAGCUAUUCAAGGUCGGAAGAAGAAAAGAAAAAAAAAGAGAGAGGGAGGGAGGGAGACAGAAACAGUCUACUUAGAUUCGAAAUAUCUUUUGAUACCAUUAUGAAAGAAAAGGCGGCAGAU